CGGCGGCCCCCCCAGAUUCGCACCGCCAGCCGCCGGGGAGCUCGGGGCUCCAGGCGUAGAGGCUGCGCUGUCACAUGGGCGGCGGCGACGGGGCCGCAUUUAAGCGGCCGGGGGACGGCGCCCGCCUCCAGCGCGUCCUCGGGCUCGGCUCCCGCCGGGCGCCCCGCUCUCUGCCCGCCGGGGACCCAGCGCCGCGCCGCACCGCGCCGCCCCCGCCGGGCCAUGCGAGCGCGGGCCCCGCCGCGAUGAGCUCGCACAUCGCUAAAAGCGAGUCCAAGACGUCGCUGCUGAAGGCGGCGGCGGCGAGCGGGGGCAGCCGGGCUGCCCGCCACGGCCCUGCCCGGGAGCCAGUGCUGUCCAGCCGCCGGCUGCCCGGCCCCUGCCCGGGCACGCCGCCGCCGUCCGGGGACCCCAGUUCGCGGAGGCCCCUGUGCCGGCCGGCGCCGCGAGAGGAGGGCGCGCGGGGGAGCCGGCGCGGGCUCCCCCAGGCGCACUGCAGGCCCCGGGAGGCGCCGCCGGCCGCGGCGUCCCGACCUUCGCCGCCGUCGCCGCUGCCGCCGGCCCGCGGGCGGGAUGGGGAGGAACGGGGGCUGUCCCCGGCGCUCGGCCUCCGGGGCUCUCUGCGAGCCCCGGGUCGCGGGGACUCAGCUCCAGCCGCCGCGUCCGAGGCAGACCCGUUCCUCCACCAGCUGCGCCCCAUGCUCAGCUCCGCCUUCGGCCAGAUGCGCCAGGAGGAGACCAGCUAUACGGUGGUGCAGACGAGUGAGGAGGGGCUGGCGGCCAGCGGCGAGCUCCCCGGACCGCUCCUGAUGCUGGCCCAGAACUGCGCCGUCAUGCACAACCUGCUGGGCCCAGCCUGCAUUUUCCUGCGUAAGGGCUUCGCGGAGAACAGGCAGCCUGACAGAUCACUGCGGCCAGAGGAGAUUGAAGAGCUCCGGGAGGCCUUCAGAGAGUUUGACAAAGACAAGGACGGCUACAUCAACUGCCGGGACCUGGGCAACUGCAUGCGCACCAUGGGCUACAUGCCUACCGAGAUGGAGCUUAUUGAGCUGUCUCAGCAGAUCAACAUGAACUUGGGUGGCCAUGUGGAUUUUGAUGACUUUGUGGAGCUAAUGGGACCUAAACUCCUGGCGGAGACGGCAGAUAUGAUUGGAGUAAAGGAACUGCGAGAUGCCUUCCGAGAGUUUGACACCAAUGGUGAUGGGGAGAUAAGUACCAGUGAGUUACGAGAGGCCAUGAGGAAACUCCUGGGUCAUCAGGUGGGACACCGAGACAUAGAGGAAAUUAUCCGAGAUGUGGACCUCAAUGGGGAUGGACGAGUGGACUUUGAAGAGUUUGUCCGGAUGAUGUCCCGCUGAGGCCGCCAGGGCCCCUCCAGGACUGCCAAGCUCCACGGGCGGGGAGAAGAGGAGCCGGAGCUCGCCUCAUCCCGCCGCCGCCGCCGCCGCCGCCGCCGCCCAGAGCCCGGGACGUACUGGCGGAUGGGGCCUGCCUGCACCCCGGGGAGGUGCCCACCCCGGACCCCCGCCCCUCCGCACUGUGAAAGACUCACGACUCCUGCAACUGGAAAGGGGGGCGCCCGCCGACGAGGAGGCCACCGCGCCAGGCCGGCGGAAGUCAGGCCGGGCGCCAAGUGCCAUAGACCCAGCCGCUGCUGACUGGGGGCGCCCCACACAGCAUGUCUGCCCCCCGGGGCAGAGCCUCUCGCCGCCCCCCUUAGCUCUGUGCCCGCCCCCCCUCGCCUCAGCCCUGUUAUCUCAGAACCAAUAAAAAUAUUUCCAAGAGAAAGGCGGCCGUGGGGGGGGUCUUUGCUUCUCCAGCCUGGUUAGAUGACACACGCGUUUCCUGAGUACCAGCUGCGCGCUCAGAACUGGGUGAACCUCCCUGCCCUUGACUUGUACUGAGUUCCCAUUAGGCACCCAGCCUCUUCCACCUUUGACUGAAAGGGAGACUGGGGCAUAUAGUGAUGUAGCUGGAUUUGCUGCUACCCCAAACAAGGUCAAGUUCUAUAAGGAAAGGAGACUGGAUAUUGGUUGGGUAAGCAUCUAGCAGGGUCUGCCUCACUUCCGGCCUCCCUGGAGAUUUCACACUGGUCGAGAUAAUCACAUCCACAUGUGAUUACGAAUUGUGAUCCUGCUUUUAAGGAAAAAUGCAGGGACCUUUGGUGGGGUAGGAUAAGGAGGCCUGGACUACUCUCUGGGGAGAUCAGGAGAGGCUUCCCUGAGGAAGUGAUAACGAGGUUUUUGCCCUGGAGGAAAUCGCAGUGUGUGUGAGGACACGAAUGUAUUAGAAUGGAAUCAGCUGCCAGACUCUCUGCUGAGUGAGAAGCAGGAUGGUAUAGUCGUUAGGUCCUGGAUUUACUUGCUGUGUGACUUUGGGCGAGUCACGUCUCCUCUCUGAACCUCAGUUUCCUCAUGUGCAAUAAGGGGAUAAUAAAGUCCACAGUAAAUGAUCUCAGGGUAUUGCAUUGCCCACCUCCAGGGGCUGUGAAAUUGUGCAAAGUGGCAUUAUUAAACAGGAUCCAUUGUAAUCAUUGCAAUUAAUUUCUAUAAGCCAAGGGCUGAAGGAAUCCAAAGGAGAAGUUUGUGGGUAGAAGUCGCCCAGAAUCUUUGACAGGAUUGCGGCAUAAUCGGACAGGUGUGUGGGAUGGACCCAUGUUCUCCAAGCCAGUGGUUCUCAAACUUGAGUAUUUUCAUCAGAAUCGCUUGGAGGGUUUGUUAGCCCCGCCCCCAGGCCUGGGCCCCACCCAGUGAUUCAGAUUCAGUGAAUUUGCAUCUCUAACAAGUUCCAGGGCAUGCUUGAUGUUCUCAGGACCUCAAUUUGAAUAACACUGCUGUAAAUCCCAGACACGAGGGAGGCAGGUGUGCUGUGGGCUAAAGGCUGGAAGCAGAAGGUAGAUGGAGGAUUCGUGCUCUCGGAUCUUGCAGGGAAGGACUGUGGGCACCCCCGGGCACCCCCCCACACAAAGGCCUGGGUAAUCCCCGUGUCCCAGAGGCUAGGGUGUCUGGGAGCUCCAAAUUCCCUUGAAUAAUCCAAUUCUGAGACUAAGCCCUUGGCUCUGUGCCCCAGUAGGCAGGCCUGCAGCCCUGCCUGCUCCUGUACCUAGCUCUGCCCAAAGACCCCCAGAUCUACACUGUUUCAGAAAUCCAGUGACCUUGGAGGGCCAGAGGAGCCAUUUGUAGAAAGGGGGCUUCUGGGGGCAUCUGUGUCAGCUGACAGGAUGAACCCUUGGGGGCACCUCAGGGAGAGGGUAGAGUUAGGGUGUCAGCUAGGACACUUCUGUCCUCAGUAUUGUGGCCUCCUAAAAUCAUAGACAAGGCAGCUGUGAUAAAGCGACUUGAGAAGAUGACAGGCCACGGUUCAGAGGAGUGCUCGAGUCAAGGGGAGGCCCAGAGGUGCGGCUGCUGCCUUCGCCAAUGCUGAAACUAGUGCUUCUCCCCUUGAAUUUGUCUUAUAUCUAGGGGUUCCUAAUAAGAUCAUUUGAAGAAAAGUUUCUCUUACUUUCCAAGAACUGAGACCCAUUUUCCGAGAUGGACCCUAUCCCAGGUAGGAAUUCUUUCUGCGUCUUUACCCCUGGGUGGGUGGGUGUCAUCUUAGAAGAGUUCUCCUUGUCUGUAAGGUCUUAAACUGGGCCUGGAUUUGCCUCCUUGUGACUUGUAAAGUGCAACUCAUUCACUCAUUCAUUCAUGCAUUCAACCACUGUUUAUUGAGCACCUACUAUGUGCCAGGUCCUGUGCCAGGGUCCCUGUCUUCUAGGAGCUCAGACUGGAGGGGGAAACAGAUAAGAAAACAGACAAGGCUAAUGUAGUGGUAUAAGUGCUAUAGUUACUAGGUUACUUAUGAGGUUAGCCUAGGAGAAGUGAGGGUACUAAAACAUACCCACCCAAUCUAGUGGGGUGGAAGGGACAAAUUUGCUAGGACCUGAAGGCUCAGCCAUGCUCAGUCAGAGGAAGUGAGGGGAAGAGUGUUUCCAGUUGAAGGAACAGCGGAAGCAAAGACCUGGAGGUAAGGGAGAGUGUGGCUCCUUUGGGAAACGAAGCAGAAUUCCACUUGCCUGGUGUACUGGGCUGGAGGGAGGAGUAGAGAUGGUGCUGGUCAGAGAGGCAAGGCCUGACCCCACCGCAGACCUUGGAGGGUAGAGCGGCUCAGGUGGGACUUCUUUUUUUUUUUUGUAUUUUAUUUUAUUAUUAUUGUUAUUUUUUGCUGUACGCGGGCCUCUUACUGUUGUGGCCUCUCCCGUUGCGGAGCACAGGCUCCGGACGCGCAGGCUCAGCGGCCAUGGCUCACAGGCCCAGCCGCUCCACGGCAUGUGGGAUCUUCCUGGACCGGGGCACGAACCCGUGUCCCCUGCAUCGGCGGGCGGACUCUCAACCACUGCACCACCAGGGAAGCCGUGUAUUUUAUUUUAUUUAUUUUUUAUACAGCAGGGUUUUUUUUUUAAAACCUUUAUUUUUUUAUUUAUUUGUGGCUGCAUUGGGUCUUUGUUGCUGCACACGGGCUUUCUCUAGUUGCGACGAGCGGGGACUACUCUCCGUUGCAGUGCGCGGGCUUCUCAUUGCGGUGGCUUUUCCUGUUGCGGAGCACGGGCUCUAGGCGUGCAGGCUUCAGUAGUUGUGGCACGCAGACUCAGUAGUUGUGGCUUGCGGGCUCCAGAGCUCAGGCUCAGCAGUGUUGGCGCACGGGCUUAGUUGCUCCGCAGCAUGUGGGAUCUUCCCAGACCAGGGCUCGAAUCCGUGUCCCCUGCAUUGGCAGGCAGAUUCUUAACCACUGCGCCACCAGGGAAGUCCCAGGUAUCAAGGUUUUUUAAAAAACGGGCCUGAAUAGGGACUUCCCUGGCAGUUCAGUGGUUAGGACUCCGUGCUUCCACUGCAGGGGGCAUGGGUUUGAUCCCUGGUUGGGGAACUAAGAUCCUGGAUCCUACAUGCCACGUGGCAUGGCCACAAACAAACAAAAAUGGGUCUGAAUAAAUGACAGUGUCUAGAGAUGUGCACUCCAGUGGAACAAAAAAACAUAAAGAAACACAAGGGAAUUAUUCCUAUAAAAAUGUGAAUAGGGACCUCCCUGGCAGCUCAGUGGUUAAGUCUCUGCGCUUCCAAUAGCAGGGGCGUGGGUUCAAUCCCCUGGUCAGGGAACUAAGAUCCCACAUGCCUGUGCAGCCAAAAAAAAAAAAAAAAAGUCUGAACAGUGGUUCCUUUUAGGGAGAGAGAGGGAGAGGGCUGGGAUUGGGAUGGGGCACAGAGAGGGGAGUUUCUGGGGAGUAUGGCAAAGUUCUAUUUUUUUUUUUUGGCCACACCAUGCGGCUUGUGGAAGGCUUGUGGGAUCUUAGUUCCCCAACUAGGGAUUGCACCGAGGGCCAUGGCAGUGAAAACACUGAGUCCUAACCACUGAACUGCCAGGGAACUCCCAAAGUUCUAUUUAUUGAUCCAUGUGGUAGUUACAAGGGUGUUUGCCUCUCGCUAAGUUGUACAUUUAUUCUGUAUGUUUUUCUGUUUGUCUUAUUUUAUAAUAAAAAGGUUUUUUUUUUAA